AUGCAUCGUGCUCCUAGAGGACGCGUGAACAAGCCGUACGACCGUUCGCGUGCAAGCGACGACAAGUGGGUACAUGACAAGGCACCUGUUGACGUACCCAAAGCUGUUGUGAACGCGGGUCCAGGUCCACAAGCGGGCCCGCUGAACAGCAGGCUUGUCGUCUCAAACUUGCACUACGAAAUUACGGCAAAAGACCUUAUUGCCAUAUUUGGCCAAAUCGGCACGCUCGUACGCGAGCCAGACAUCAAAGUACGGUUCCCGUCGUCGCUUAUGGUUAUUGAGCACUAUGACCGCAGCGGCCGAUCGACUGGCGUAGCGCUUUUGCAAUUCGAGACCCCGGUUGAGGCGACGCGUGCCAAAAAUCAGUUUAAUAAAAUCCUGGCUAAGGGUCAGCCUAUGGAAGUUGCAUACGACACGAGGCCGGUCAAGCGAUUUGGCAGCGACCCGAAAGCACUACUGAAACGAAUCUCGAAAGCACCUUUGCAUAGCCGAUUGACGUCUGAUUCCAGUACCGCGGACGGGGACGCCGCAACUACAGAGACUCAAACGAACGGAGGACCUAUGCGAACGCGUGGUCGGCGAGGUAGGGGUGGUGGCACACGCGGUGGAAGAUUCAGGAAGGAGCCGAAAACGGCUGAGGAUCUGGAUAAGGAGUUGGAUGCGUUCAUGGGCGAUGACAACUCGAGCAAGCAACCAGUGUCGGCUCCAGUUCCAGCUCAGACUGGCGAUGCCGAUGUUGAGAUGGCUGCGUGA